CAGCGUGAAGUCCGUGAGCAUGCAAUGUAUAUGCUAGGGCGUGAGACAAAGAACGAUCCUCUACCUCCCCCUCCAGACCCAUCUGAGCUAGCCGAAUUUGUACUGGCAAAACGAGGUGGGCCAACUGUGGACAACUUCCGACUGGAAUUUGGUAAAACACACCUUACACCUUGGAAUAAAAAAGCAGCAAAGGUGUUUGCUAGGAGUUUUAUCGAAUCUGGCCAAUACACUAGCUGCGAUAAGCAGAUCGUGGAGACCUCAUUUCGAGCUCACCUCAAAACCCUUUGUUCACACUACCGUGAACAGGUUCGAAGUGCACAUUCAUUGCCGCCCCCUCAACAGACAAUUGACAACCGCCAAACAGCUGCUCGACGAGCUCGCCGCAAAACUCUAUUUGACCACCGCGUUACGGCAGCCUAUUGUCAUGAAGAUCUCGUUGGUCACCGUAAUAUUAUUCGUGAUAUGGGCCCUGACGGUAUGAGUGGCGAUGAGUCUGACACUCGAGACGGAAUUAAACGUUACAUCAUUUUUUUGGACAAGUGGCGCAAUCCGGCUGUAGCACCAUGGCUUCGAGUGUUUGACCGCAUCUUCAUGACGACAAAGUUCAAUGAGGUGAACCGACCAAAACGUGGUAACUGGCCUCGCAUUAGGGUUCCAACCACCCAACGCAAUGUCCACCGCAUAGGUAAACCGGUCCCAGGUCUCCCACGUAACUUCUAUGAUGAAGCGUGGUUAAGCACCUUGGACAUGGAUGAUUUAGAAACACUCAAUAUUCAACAGCCCAUAAGUCUUGAACAUUCUCAAGAGGUACUUCGGUAA